UCUCGUGUCUUCAAACUAGGCAGCUCGUUGUUUCAUUCAUUGUUAUGGAGUCUCUCAACGUCAGACUUCACCGUCACUGUUUACCAUCUCCGUUGUCCAUUACUUCAUGCUCUCUUCAAUGCCAGUCUUCACUUUCACGCUUUUGCAUAGUGUCAAAGAUGGCAGCUACAAAGAAACGAGCCAAAACGAUUUAUUGUGAAUUUGACGGCAAAGUUAAUGGCGCUUUAUCUUCUGACUCAGACUCUCGCUUCCUCGACAGGCAAAAAGCACUGGAAGCUGCAAUGAAUGACAUAAAUAGCUCAUUUGGAAAAGGAAGUGUUACAAGAUUGGGUAGUGCUGGUGGUGCCCUUGUGGAAACAUUUCCCAGUGGCUGUUUAACACUAGAUUUGGCCUUAGGUGGUGGACUUCCUAAAGGAAGAAUUGUAGAGAUAUUUGGACCAGAAAGUAGUGGUAAGACCACUGUUGCACUCCAUGCAAUCGCAGAAGUGCAGAAGCUUGGAGGCAAUGCAAUGCUUGUGGAUGCAGAGCAUGCUUUUGAUCCUGCUUAUUCCAAAGCAUUGGGUGUUGAUGUAGAAAAUUUGAUUGUUUGCCAACCGGAUAAUGGAGAGAUGGCACUAGAAAUUGCAGAUCGUAUGUGCAGAUCUGGUGCCAUUGAUCUUAUUUGUGUUGAUUCUGUAUCUGCUCUUACUCCAAGGGCAGAGAUUGAAGGUGAGAUCGGGAUGCAGCAAAUGGGACUGCAAGCUCGCCUUAUGAGCCAAGCUUUACGUAAAAUGUCAGGAAAUGCCUCUAAAGCUGGUUGUACUCUUAUUUUUCUUAAUCAGAUCAGAUACAAGAUUGGUGUAUAUUAUGGGAAUCCAGAAGUCACUAGUGGAGGAAUUGCACUAAAGUUUUUUGCCUCAGUUCGUCUUGAAAUACGCUCCACAGGGAAGAUAAAAUCUGUUAAAGGAGAUGAGGAUAUUGGGCUUCGAGUUCGUGUUAGAGUGCAAAAGAGUAAGGUAUCAAGGCCAUACAAGCAAGCAGAAUUUGAAAUCAUAUUUGGAGAAGGAGUGAGUAAACUGGGAUGUGUUUUGGAUUGUGCUGAAAUGAUGGAUGUUGUGGUAAGGAAGGGAGCUUGGUAUAGCUAUGGGGACAAUAGGCUUUUGAAGCAACUAUGGCUUGUGAUCUCCUCUGUUUAUAUUUUGGAAAUAGGCUGGGACAGGGAAGAGACAAAGCAUUACAGUACCUGAAAGAGAACCCUCAUCUCCUUGAAGAAGUAGAGAAGGUUGCGUUGCAUAGUUCGAGCUACAAUGGCAGAUGGAACGGUACAUCAAGGCUCGUCUCAUUUGAAGAGCUUGUUACAGCCUCAUCAAGACGAAAGUACUUUUGACGAUAUUUAGCAAAACAAGGAAUAAUUGGAAUUCACAGGCAGAAAAACAGAUAGAAGGGUUUUUCCCAGAUGGGUCAACCAUGUAGUUGGCUAGAUUUGGUGCCUCAAGAUCAACAUAUUUCCCCAUCCAUGUCCACCGGAUGAAACAGCAAAACGACCCCGUACCGAGUCAAUGCUCAUGGAAAUUUAUUAGCUUGUGUUGUGUUGAUUCUUUGUCUAGAGAGAUGGUGAAAGGAUAAAUAAUUUGAUUUUGAGUGAAUUAUAGAAAAACCAACACCCCUAAUGGAUAAAUCACAUUUUCAAUACAAAA